AUGUCUUAUUACUACCAUACUCCAGAACCCAGAAAUACUGAUGGUGCUCUGGAUGCUUUUGUUGGGGAUUUUCCCUACGGACCUAUUUGUAUCGUGGGAUGUAUUUGGGUAGUUAACAUUAUUCUUUACAUUAUUGCAAGAUGUAAGUCUCGAAAAGUUCAUCCACGUGUUUGGUAUUUGAUUUUCAGUUUAUUCAAAAAUAUAAUUAUCGGAUUAUUUCCAACUGGCUUAAUCAAUAUCAUCUACAAAAGCUCCAGGAUAGAAAUUUUAAUUACUAGUAUUGCUUUAUUGGGUUUUUCGGCGUUUGCGACGUUUGGUUUUGCUGAAGCCUUUGGAGAUCAUAAUAUUUUAAUUCCUGGAAUUGCCUUACUUGGUUUUUCGAUCAUCGUAACACUGAAUUCAAAUGUUUGCAUCGGUGUGUCAGAUAUCUUUGGAGAAUAUUAUCAUUUAGGCUUAGUAAGAGCGUUAAUGUACAGAACUAAAAAAGAUGGUUGUUGCUGUUACAGCAGUUUGUACAGAUAUUGUCUCACUAAAGAAAAGCGUAUAUCAAAGAUGCUAAGCAAAAUUGAAAAUAAUCCACCAAUAUUGAAUGUUUUAGUUUUUCCAAAUCCAAUUCAACAAAAUAUGGUCGUAAAUUACGGUUCAUGGGAAAUUCCAGAACAAGUUGAAAUUGAUACAAGCCACAAGAUUUCUAUUUUCAAAAUCAAACAAAAGAUUGAAUUCGAUGAAGAAUUCCAAGGAUAUAUGGGCGGUCAAAUCGAAGAAUUAAAACGUCGCUUCUCCCGUGCGUACAACAAUAACGAAUACAGAGUGAUGCCCAUGAUCCACAAGGUUCCCAAAUACAUUUGCUUUGCAGAGAAAAGCCUUUAUGUUAAAUUCUGGAGUUCAAAAUUUGGAAGAUUUUUGUUUAAUAUUCUUAGGGUUUUAGGAUUAGCUAUGAUCGCAGAAUAUAUCUUCCUUAUACUUGCACACUACCAGAAAGUCACCGCCAGAAGAAAAGUUUCAAUUUCUAAAUCUUACAAAUUUACUCCAUAUCAACCAGUUCCAGACACUCUUAAACACAUCGACCAUGAUAAAUUUGUGUUUUUGGACGCUUACUUGCAUCGUAUCGAAGAAGAAGAACGAAAUGCUCCAGGAUCAGACUUCAACUACGCGAUGCCACCUCAACAACCAUACCCUCCAGGAGAAGCUUACCCUCCACAACAACCCUACCCUCCAGGAGAAGGAGGUCCUUAUUACGGUGUUCCUCCACCACAACAACAGCCUCCAUUUGAAGAAAAUCUUGCUGGACCAACUCCACCACCACAAUAA